UUUUUAAUAAAUCGUGCGCCACAUAAGCUGACUUUCAUAUACAGGAUACAUUACCCUCACUCACACUAAGUGUCCCAGUCUCCCGUUUUAUCUGUAUGUGUGUGCCACUUUGCGCUCCUGAGAAAUUGUUGUCCAGCAAGUGAUAAUAGAAAUAUGGAGCAGCCCAUACAAUUGAGUAGCCUAAGCGAUGAUAAUAAUAACUCGAGCCAAAUUGAUCUUGACCAUCACAAUAGCUUGGCCAGUCAAGCGUCGCGAUCCAUAUUGCCGGGUGAGUUGGUCAUACAAAAGAUUUGCUACCUGCGCGAAGAGCGAGUACCGACAAUUUGCGAGAGGGCCAGCGUAAAGAAUGGAUUUCAUUAUAUUGGUGUCGUUAGGGAAUUUCGCAUCGAGAUGAAGACAUUCAACGAAAUAAAGACUGGAGAUGAUACACAAUGCUUUUAUAUGCCAUACCACAAUACAAAAUCGUCAGAAGGAGGAAUAGAAGUUAAUCUAAGCAAAAGCGACAACGAGAUGAAAACUAAAACCGCUGAGACUGCUGCCACCACCAAUGAGUUGCGUUGCACUUCAUUUCGCAAAUUGCGUGAAAAUCCAAAUGUUCUGGUCCAACAGUUGCAUCCAAAGCAAACGGUGCGUCCCUUCAAUUUGCUGGAACAGGACACUACCUUGUUGAUUAAUAGUCUAGCCCAUGGAGAUCCAUAUAGUACAACUUCAAUUCAAAAAAAACAUCGUAAGACUGGUGGAGCUACUGCCUUUGACCCAACAACCAGAUUGCAAUCAGCCCAUGAUGGUUUAUCGGUUAGCUCGCAGACCUUUAGUUUGAGUCAAUUGCCGAGGGUCGUGCAAUCGCUGCCUAUGAAUCGCCGACGUCGCCCGCGUCAAGUGGCACCCUGUGGUUGCAGGGAUCUGGAACCCAAAAUCCAUUUGCAUUUGCUCAAAACCGUUGCCGUUGGCAUUUUACAAAUCGCCGUAUUUCUUAUACUUGUUAUGGCUCUUUCCUAUCCGGACAUACGUUGUUGAUCAUCGCCUCCAAUCGACAAAAAAUUAUCAAUCACGAAAGCCAAACGAAAACUACAUACCUAACGGCGGUUGAGUGAGUGAUUUCAAUAUGUUUCUGGCCAGGGAUGGCAAAAACCAACUUGAAUUUAAAUAGCAAUUAAUAAACAUGUUUUAACCUUG